AACACUGCUGCAGCACCACCACGCCACCGGCCAGUUCCUCUAGGCAAGCUGACCUGUGUGGACGGCACCUGAAUAUUCAGCAAGGACCUAACACCAGUAGGCUUCAUGAUAAAAAUGGAGUGAGAGAAACAGCUAAACGACUAAAGAAUUGGACCUGCUGUUUUGUGCGUAUUUUCUAUCUAUUUUACUCACAAAAAAACAAACACACGGUACAACAUACUACGACUCAUAUGUCUGUAAAUUAGUAGAACUGUCACAUCUACAACGGUCUUGCAUGUCUGAGCAGGAGUCGAUCAAUCACACUGUAGGCUACUUUUACACGUUGCGCGCCUGCUACUGCCUUCGCCGCUCUGUCCGGUCUACCCGUGGUCUAGACUGUUCCAAGCCCCGGUGCAUUGACCAGCCAACUAAGCCGCAGUCAUGGGAGGGAAUUUGGGGUGCCACCGCUCGAUCCCCAAAGACCCGACGGAUUUCAGCAACAGCAAGCGCAAGUUUAGCGCCGCGUGCAACUUCAGCCACAUCCUCGUGAACCAAGAGCGGUUGAAUAUCAACACGGCCACCGAGGAGGAGCUGAUGACUCUACCAGGAGUGAACCGCACGGUAGCGCAGAAUAUCGUGGAGUACCGGAACUGCAUUGCGGGGUUUAAAAAGGUAGAGGACUUGGCUCUCGUGAGCGGAAUCGGUGCCGGCAAACUGGAGAUUAUCAGACUGGAAAUAUGCGUCUCGAGCAGGACGGGUUCGUCCCAACACUCGCCGUCGUCUCUGCGUAAAGACUUCGAGCCCCACCUGUCAUGCACAGGUAUGAACAUCAACACCGCCACACCGGCGCAGCUCAUGAGCAUCCGUGGCAUCACGGAUAAAAUAGCGAAGAACAUAGUAGAAUACCGGAUGGGAAAUGGUCCGUUUAAAAGCAUCGAAGACUUGGUGAGGGUCAAUCACAUAAACUCCUCUCUAUUGGACAAAAUUCGCUUUCAAGUGUUCGUAGAGCGUUCCAGAACACCUUCCACCAAUACUAACGGGGGGUUGGCAUACACUACCAAGUCUCACCCGAGCCCCACAUCAUUCAGUCUCCGGAGUGAAGACAUGGAGCUUCCACCCGGGGGGCCGACUCGGAUUAUGUCUGUGCGGCCCAACGUGGAGCCUCCGUCGGGGAUGCGGGACGGGAAAGCGGUGGUCAGGGUGGCAACCUGGAACCUCCAGAACUGCUCUUGUGAAAAGGCCAACAACCCGGGCGUCAAAGAGGUCGUGUGUAUGACAUUGCUUGAAAACGACAUCAAGUUACUGGCAGUCCAAGACCUGGUAGAUCGGGAAGCCCUUGACAAGUUCUGUGUGGAACUGAACCAGGGCUCGUUGGACAGCGUGAGGAAGUGGAGAGGACCACGGGGGGUCUGGAAGAGUACCGUCUCUGAGAAACCCACAGGACUGUCCAACAAGGGAGUCAGUUAUUCUGGGUUCCUGUGGGACAGCUCUUCUGGGAUUGACCUGAAAGAUGCUUCCGUCCUGGAGAGUCCUGUUGUCAACGGCAAUGGGAAACACGCCCGGCCGUAUCUUGCCCACUUUUAUAUUGGAUCGUCUGAGCUGACGAUGGUCAAUGUCCACAUGAGAGCUCCGGCUGUGUCUGGGGCUGAGGAGUCCAACGUUAGGAACCACCACUCUGAGGAAGUCAAGGCCCACAGACUGACCUCUAGUAUCCAGAAGGCACUGAAAGUGGGUUAUUGCAUUCGGUUAUUUGACGUCGCUACAUGGCUAAUGUCCAUCUGUGGUUUCUGUGUGACAGUUCAGAAGGGCCUGGUGGUGUUGGGGGACUUUGGCCUUUCCCCCCAGAGCAGUGAGCUAGACCAGCUGAGGAAGGAGCGGCUGAGCCCCCUGGUGCCCCCCAACAUGUUCACCAACAUCAGCACCCGCUUCCCCCAGGGCUCCCUCUGUCUGGACAACAUCUGGGUCAGCAAGUCACUGAAGAAGAUCUACGCAGGUCACUGCGUGGUGGUGCGGGAGGGCCUGACCAACCCCUGGAUACCUGACAACUGGUCAUGGGGCGGGGUGGCGUCCGACCAUUGUCCUGUCAUGGCCGAGUUCUUUGUGGACGUGGCGCUGAAGGAGCUGAGAAACAGAGUUGCCGUGGUAGAGAGAGGAGAAAGUAUGUCGAAACACGAACGGUGACGACCACUCGCGGUCACCACGGACAUACAGAUGUGGCGGGAGAUUGUGACAUCAUGACAUGUCAAAUUGACCUGACUGUGCUCUGGACUGGAUCCUGCUUUGGUCUGGUUUUGCAGUGGAUCAACGGGUGGAUUUACCUGACGAAUGUGAAUUGAAGCACCGAGAUUGCCUUUUUAGUUUCCUUUAUCAAUGUACAGUCGAGGCUACCAUGACAUUGAUUUGGAGUAAAUCAUUUAAGCGGUGUGUGUGUAUAUAUGUAUGUUAUAGACAGACAUGAGUGUGCCAAAAACAUUUUUAAUAUGUAUAUGAAAUAAAAGGAAAUGAAUAGACAUUC